AUGACCACACUAGUAAGUUUAUUGAUAGAUCCCGACUUCCGGAUUAAAGAAGCUAUGAUUCAGCCUGUUGAAGUCAAACUUGGACAAGAAGAUGCACCCCAAUUAUUGAAGAAACAUGUACAAGCCCGGCGCGAGAUGAUUACCAUUGUAAGCAACCUUGCUGUUAGAAUCACCAUUGUAUGUUUCUGCCCGUGCGAUCGGUCUCAUGGAUCUGAUCCUUACUUUCCAAUUUAUGUAGUGAUCGAAAUCAUCCCACUCACAUUGAGAGACGGCCUUUUACAGCCUUUUGCUAUACGUGACAGCGCCUAA